ACAGAAAUACACGCCUAUGUAGUCAUGCCGCCGCCGUACCUGUGCAGCUGUACCUAACCGCGUACGGGCCGCCGGCGUCAGUCAAAAGCGCGCGCGCGCCGCGUAGAACCGUCGUCGAGUCGAACAGUGUAUUAUAUACUAUUAUGCCAUACGUGCCCGCCUAAAGUCGCACGCGAUAUAUUUCGCCGCCGAUCGACGAGCACGAAAAUCGCUCGAUCCGCGUCGAUCGUUAUAUUAUAUUUUAGUACACGACAACGACGGCAUCGUAUCACGUAUAACAAUCAAUAUAUAACUGCGAUACGCAUAAAUCGCGAUCGUCUCGCGCGUUCCGCCCGACGACUGUCCAAAAUGAAAACGACACGUCGACGACGGAAACCGCGGCAAAACGUGUGAUAUUAUCGUCAUCGUCGUCGUAUACGUACAACACCGUACGCGAUCUCGUCGUCGCCGUCGUCGUCGUCGUAUACGAUCAUUUGUUAUUAUGUGACGUCGCGUCGCUUUGACACUCGUCCUCUGCAGUCGUCCACGUCGUUGACACACUGCCCAGCGAGCGGAUGCGGCCCGACGCGUCGUCGUCAAUCGCCGUCAUCUGCAGCGCGGGCCCCGAGUCCUACACGGCCGCCGACCACGAUGACCGUCAGCUACCAGUCGAAGGUGUCGUCGUCGAGCAGCGCGGGUUUCACCAAACUGCUGUUCCUGUGGCGGGGAAGUCUGUACCAAGUACUGUACAGGGAACUGUUGCUGUUCAUGGUGGCGUUCGUCAUCAUCAGCGCCCUGUACCGGAACGCGUUCACCGUCCCGCAAAAAGAGAUAUUUGAAAAAAUAGUUCGAUAUUGUGAUGCCUUUAUUAGUCAAUUACCAUUAUCAUUCAUCUUAGGAUUUUAUGUGACGUAUGUGGCCAAAAGAUGGUGGAACCAAUACUUGGCGAUUCCAUGGCCCGACAGAGCAAUGCAUGUAAUAUCAAUGUACGUAGAGGGCAAUGACGAUUACGGUUGUAUGAUUCGAAGAUCGUUAAUGAGAUAUUUGAUUUUGACAUUGAUUUUGGUAUUGCGUUCCAUCAGUUCACCGGUGAAAAAACGUUUUCCGACAUUAGAGCACGUCGCUGAGUCAGGCUACAUGACCGCCGACGAGAUAGAAGUAUUUUAUUCACUCCCCAAGGUAGAAUUUAAUACUUAUUGGGUGCCUUGCACUUGGUUCAUCAGUCUGUUGAAAGAGGCCAGAAAAUCUAAGCGAAUUGAAGAUUCCGAAGGAGUCAAACUGAUAAUGCAGGAAUUUAUCGACUUCAGAUCAAAAUGUGGUUAUUUGUGGAGUUACGAUUGGAUCAGCAUACCGUUAGCGUAUACACAGGUCGUUACAAUUGCAACGUAUUCGUUUUUCAUUACUGCCGUUGUCGGGAGGCAAUACGUGGAAGGAUCAAACAAAAUGCUGCAAACAGAACUUGACGUGUAUAUACCGGUGUUUACAAUUGUACAGUUUUUAUUCUUCAUGGGACUUUUAAAGGUAGCUGAACAAUUAAUAAAUCCUUUUGGUGAUGACGAAGAAGAUUUUGAAUUAAAUUACUUAAUCGAUAGACACACAAAGGCAUCCUUUUUGGCGGUAGAUUACCUUGCUAAAAUUAAAAUUCCUCUGGUCAAAGAUAUUUACUUCAACGAGUUAGAAGUAUCGAUUCCUUACACCAGUGCGUCUGCACCGUUCAAGAAAAAAUCGCAUAGAGGAUCAGUUCACCAUAUGCCUGUUCCUGAAGACCAACAUAUGAUGUUCUUGCCCGAAAUCAUAGAAGAGGCAGACCCGGACCAGACGAAAACCAGGAGGACUUCAAUGUGUUCGAACAAGAGUGAAGGAAAAAUCAACUCAAAUUGCAGAGAGAAAUUCAAUGAUUCCUUUGGCAUUAUGCAGGUAGUGCAACAGCGGUCAUCGUUGAACGGCUGCGGCGAAGUUGGUGGAUUUGGCGGCGGAGGACCGAAUUCAAACGCGCCGACCAAGCGUGGGGGCGGUGGCGGUUUCAGACAGUUAGCUCAACGAAAGUCGGACGCCGCACAACCGGUAGUGCUGGUGUCGAUGACCCGACGGCCGAGCUACAAUUCGGGACAGUGGAAGCCGUUCAAGUGGAGAUCGUCGGAGAGCGGCGAACAGCGACGCGCUUCCGUCGGAGGCGGUUCCGGGCGCUCGGAACAGCAUCAGCAGACGAAUGUGGACCUGCAGAAAGGCGUCCGAUCGGAAACAGUGGCGGCGGCGGCGUCAGUAGUACCGGAAGGGCGCGUCAACGCGGCGUACGUACCGGACACACUGCACAACGACGUGUGAUCAAUGCCUGCCAGACCGAAGUCUCCGAAAGCCACGGGAUGCAACUACUAAAACAUUGGAGGUCCCUCUAAAAAGUUACUAUUUAUAAGUCAUAUCGCACGAUGCAUUAAUUAAAUUUCUUUCUGGUAUUUGAUAAAAGUGAAGAGAUAAAUAAUUUAAAAAAUAAAACAUUUCUACUAUGGGCACCUACCCCGUGACUCAAUAACCGAGUCCUAUAAGCGGCCUAAAAUAAACGGGUGCGAGUAAUUUCUUAAAAUACUAUUUUUCUCGACCAUCAGCCCUGAGGUCCCGAUGCAUUAUACACCCCUGCUAAAUCCGGUAUUGCGGCGUAUUUGUGAAGGGUAGUCGUCGGGUUUUUUGGUACCAGAUCCCCCACCCCCUCCUCGCCACGCUACAAUUUAAUAACUCCGAUUCCGGUUACACCUUAAACAUAUAUAAUAUAAUAGUUAUUUCCGUAACAUAAACGGGUAACCGCGUUAUCGCACGGCGGGUCAUUUACGAACCCUUUUUACAAAUCCACAAGUUUUUCACAUGCAUAUUUUGUAUUAAAAAAAUAAAAUUUAAUCAGUUUUUAUGGAAAAUUCUACAUCCAAUAGAUUUACUAAUUAAAUUAAAAUAAGCAUAAAUAUUUGUUUCCUAAUUAAUAUGCAUUGUAAUUGUAAUGAUAAAUAUAAACAUGAAAAUGAAUGUUUCAAUACGUAAAUUAUUGUUAGUUUUAUCCAACUAGAUCUGGGAUUUGUUCCACUGUGUGGUGUUAAGAAUUAAGAUUAUCAUUGAUCCUCCUCCCUCCUAUGUCCUGCCACCCCAUUUUAAAUCUCAGCGGCGUGGAUGUGGGAUUGGGAGAGUGUUCUUGUAUACAAAAUUUUAAUAUGAUUAUUAUAUAGUUCUUACGAAAUUCUUCGAUCCCCAUCUUUUUAGCACUAAAAAAUCUUAAACACUACACCACAUACACUAUAAUAUGCGUUUGAUAACUUUUUUUAUAUCAAAUUCGAAUGUUUAAUAAAACGAAAUAAAGUCCUUAUAAGAAACGUUAAAUCGUAUACAUUUUUAUUCUCGGGGAAUUGACUUAAAUGAAAACUUUACAAAUAAAUCUUUUUAAAAAGAUCGUUAGAUAGAAUUCUUUCAUUUUAAACCAACAAAAUUUCAUUAAAAUUCAAAAAUAUCCUGCUAUGUAGAAAAUAAUGUAGGUACAUUUAUUUUAGGAGAGACUGCAGGUUACGUAUUCGUGAUAAUUUAUUUGAAUUGUCUGUAGUCCAAUUUUCGACGUAAUCUUCUCGCCAGUUGUAAUUGAGUAUAAUUAUUAUUUAUUCCAAUUUAUCGUUAGAUAUUGAAUUAAAUUAUAACAUCUUUUAUAUCAUCCUUUUUAUAAUAUCCGUUAUAAAGAAUAAAGAUACCUUCCGUUUAUCAGUUACCAAUUACAUCUCCGAGAAAGCAUAUAUAUAGCCAUGUUCGGAUUAUAUCCCUCCUCAGUCUUCGCCUUGAUUUUUUUGUUUUGUUUUUAUUGCUGUAUAAUGAUAUUUUAUAUAGGUAAUUUUAUUCUAUCAUUUUUCAUUUUAUUUGAAUAUUAUACGAUACCCAAUUAGUUAAGCAUUAAUUAUUAAUUUUUAUUAAGACAUAUUAAUAUGAUAAAUUAUGUAUCAUAUUAUGUUAUGACUUGUGAACAUCCAAAUUUUUAACAAAUCGUAGCAUAAUUCAUAUUAAAAAUGAUAACUACAAAUAUAAUUAAAGUGAAAAGAAAUAAUUUUAAUUCACUAUUCAAAUUUUAAAAUGACUUAAAAAUUAAUAGAAUCAAUUGCAUUAGACAUUCUGAUGAUUAUGAGACACUCUGUUAUGUUAUGUAAUUUGUAUUGCACAUAAUAGGUAUAUACCUAAUGUAUAAAUAUUUUAUCGUUACUUUAUUUUGUCUUUUGUUCGUAUACACAUAGCUACUUAUGUCUUAUACUACAUAAUAGAUGUAACGGUAUAAUUAUAAAUAAUAACAUAAGUAUAUUAAAAAUGUAGCCAUUGGGAUUGUGUAGGGGGAUUUAAUUUUUCUACGAAAGUCUGGCGGACCUUUUUCUUUUAGCCGAUAGCCAUAUAGUAAGUUAUUGAAACCCUUCCAAACGAAUCGUGACGUCUUCGCCUAUACAGUAGGAAUAUUUUAUAAACUUUACUAAUUAUAAACUCGAUGUCUUGCAACGUUUACCCAACAUGAGUUUACAGAACAAUUUUAAACGCCUCGUAUCAUUAUAUAAUUGUAAUUUGUAAAUAUAGGCAUAUUUAUGUUUUAUAUAUUAUAACACAAUAUAAUAAUAUAAUGGUAAUAAUUGUAGAUCGGUUUACUUUUAUAAUAUAAUAUAUUCAUAUAUUUAUGUGUUUCAUGUGUAUUCAGUAUUGUAUAUAUAUUAUGUACCUACUAUGUAUUAUACACCUCCAUUAUAAAAUUAUAUAUUUUAUUGUAAUAUUGUACAUUGAAAACUCGUCUAGUAAGCGAAACGAUGACAAUCGUUAUGCCGAUUUAUACGUGUAUUUUAAAAAUUAUAUGGUUUACACAUUGCACGAGUAGUGAGUGCCUUACCUAAUGGCUAAUAUAAACUUAUAUUAUGUUAGUAAUAUAUAAGUAUAUUGUAUUAUAAUAAUAAGAAUACUAUGUAAAAUAUUUCAAUAAAAUAUCAUUAUGUUUUAAUAAA